GAAGAAAUUGCGUCACUCAGUUAAUCGAAGUGUUCGAAACGAUUGGUAACUUGUUGGAUCGUGGUAAACAAAUCGAUGUCUUAUACCUGGACAUGUCGAAAGCCUUCGAUAAGGUGAGCCACACGCGUCUUCUCCUUCGUCUACGUGAUUUCGGAUUUAGUGGUAACAUCCUCAAAUGGUUCCAAUCAUACUUACAAGAUCGUAGACAACAAACGACAAUCCUUGGAGCAACAUCAUCUCCUACACCAGUAACUUCAGGAGUACCUCAAGGCUCAAUUCUUGGUCCACUACUGUUCUUGUUAUAUGAAAACGACCUACCUUCCAGUAUCGUGAGUUCUUCUAUCGCAACUUAUGCUGAUGACACCAAAUUAUUUAAAGAGAUAAACUGCCUUGAUGAUGCUACAGCGUUGCAGGAUGACCUAUUAAACUUUGAAACCAGUUCCUCGAAUGCUGGUCUUCAAUUAAACACUUCGAAGUGUAAAACUCUCCGUGUUACCAGAAGGCGCGAGACAAUCGAGCAUCAAUACAGUCUGGUUAACCAAACCUUAGAGACCUCAAAACAUGAAUUUGAUUUGGGUGUAUGGAUCUCCAACAACUUGACCUGGCGAAAACAAGUCUUGGAACAAUGUUCAAAGGCAAAUAAAUUGCUGGGAUUUGUAAAACGAUCCACAAGAAACAUCACCAGUCAAUCAGCGCGUCGUGCCCUCUACCUAACUCUCGUAAGAUCUCAAGUCGGUUAUGCAACGCAAGUUUGGUCACCACAGUCCGUUGAGCUCAUCUCCAGAUUAGAACGAGUACAAAGGCGUGCUUCAAAAUACAUCCUUGGCCUGCCUUUUCUUUGCGAAGCCAGUUACGAGCAACGACUGAAGAAAUUGAAGCUUCUUCCCAUCAGCUAUUGGCACGAGUACUUGGACAUGAUGUUUUUAUUUAAAGUAAGUUGUGGUGCCAUAAAUCUUCCGAGAUCAGUCCUUCCUACGCAAAAUCUGAACGUUAGAACAACACGAUCUGUUCAACCAAACUGUCUCCAAUUCCGCACGAAGAAAUGCUAUACAGCGACAUACCAACAGUCCUAUACAAUCAGAUCAACAAGGAUCUGGAAUACUUUACCAAAACUCAUAACUAAUAAAUCUAAUUCUUUAUAUACCUUUAAAAAAUAUUUACUUGACUACUACUUCUCUGCUUUACAACUUAAUUAUAACAUAGAUGAUUCUCGUUCGUGGAAAACAAUUUGUUUAAAGUGUAAUCAGACUCAUGAUCUCACUAAACCUCUUGCAUGCUGUUUUUAAAUGAUAAUUUUUUAAGAGACAAUGUGAAUGCUUUGUAUAGUUUAAGAUAAUUUGUUUGUUGUCUAAUGGGAUCACAGUAAUUGGCCAAAAGCUGUCGUGAAUGCCCUGUCACAAUUGUUGUAAAUUGUUGUAUUGUUAGAUCUAUAGUGCAUUUCGAGUUAUCUUGCAUCUACGGUUUUCAUGUCUGUUUUAGUUUGUUUUAAUAUGGUUUAACAGUUUGUUGGUCCUGGAAAACGAUACAUGUAAGGAUAGCUCGGAACGUGUUAUAGUCAUUAUAGUAUUUAGAUAUGUAAUUUAUAUUGUGACGAAGUUUAUAAAAUUAAAAAAAUUAAAAAUUAAUAAAAGCGCGAGAUGAACUGUGAGAUAUAAAAAAGCUCAAAUAUCACUUGCGUAAUUAACGUUUUAACUUGUUUUCGAACGGGUCCGAAAAUAAUUGCGAAAAAAUUUUUAAAUCUGACUACAAUUUCAAAGUCAACGUUUUUUGUUCAUUUUAUGAAUGACUUCUUCCACACAGAGAGUUUGAUGGAAAUCUGUAAUCUUAAGAAAUUCGAGUGGUCGGUUUUUACACGGACUGCCUCUUAAUCACGGUCUUAAAUAUAUUGCCAUCGACUGUGAUGUUGUUAAUACAUCCCUAAAUUUUGACGUAAACGGUAAAGGAAGUUUUACAGUGGGCACGUUACCCGUAACAUCCGACCAGCAUCUGAACGGAACAACAACGUUUUUCAAGGAUAUCGGGAGUAGGGUUUAUGUUAAUAAUGGUUCCCACAAGAGAUUUUCCUUCAGUAUCAAUACGAACAUCGACGAUAAGGUCGAUAUGUCCGCACUCCUCGAAUUUUAUAUCACAUAAAUAAAAUGGAAGACAGACACUUUAUUACCGAACAAGGGUUAAGGGAUAUUAAUUACUACAAUCCGAGUACCGGCCAUCAAUCCGCGGAGAAGCUUUACCGGAAGGCAAGGGAGGAGGGGCUGGACGUUAGUCGUAAAAUAGUGAAGGACUGGUUAAAGACCCAAGACACCUACACAAGGUAUAAACCUAUCGUUAGAAAACACAAAUUUCAGAGGACAUUCGUCAAGGACCUAGCGGACCAAGUGCAGAUGGAUUUGGUGGAUAUGGGAAAAUACAAAAAUCAGAACAAAGGAUAUUACUGGAUACUAACAGCUGUCGAGAUUCUGAGCCGUUAUGGAUUUGCUAUUCCCGUCUACAGAAAGGAUACGAAAAACAUGACGAAGGCUGUGAAUUUACUAUUGGAGGAAUUCAGGAAAAGGUUCGGAAAAUACCCGGAAGUUGCUCAGUUCGACGAGGGAAAGGAAUUCUACAACGUUGGUGUUAGGGACCUCUUACAAAAACACGACAGAAAGGCGGCUAUCGUUGAAAGAUUUAACAGAACCUUGAAGACAAUGAUGUGGAAGUAUUUCUACAGCAAAGGAACUUACAAUUGGGUCGACGCCCUGGACGAGCUUGCGAAUAACUACAAUCAUACCAAACACAGCAGUAUACUAAUGAUACCUGUCGACGUAAGCAAGUCAAACAAGGACCAGGUAUGGAUUACGCUUUUCUGUCACGGAUUAGGGGAAUUUCUACUACCUAAGUUUAGGGUUGAUGAUACGGUUCGAAUAACAAAGUAUAAAAAUAUCUUUACCAAGGGAUACGAAGCAAACUUUACGGAAGAGAUAUUCAAAGUUGUGGGGGUAUUCAGAGGAGAUCCUAACAUGUACGAAAUAGAAAGUCAUGAUGGAGAACCGAUCAUCGGAAAAUUUUACGAAGAGGAACUAUCCGCUGUGGAUAAAACGGACGAUGUGUAUAGAGUGGAAAAAAUUCUUAGAAGAAGGAAAGGUAUCGUACUGGUCAAGUGGUUAGGAUACGAUAGUAAACACAAUUCCUGGAUUCCUGAAAAAAAUAUUAAGGAUAUAAAAUAAAUGGCUGACGUUGAACUAGAAGAAACAAACCGCGUUGACGACCACGAAGCCGAAGAAGCUGGAACGGCGAAGGAAGAAACAAAUUACGCAAUGGAAGACUUAUUGAAGACUUCCCAAGGCGGGGGUGGUGGGGUUUGCGCAUGCCUGGUGGGGUUUUUGGGUAGGCUUUGGGUAGGCUUUGGGUAGACUUUGGGUAGACUUUGGGUAGACUUAUAUAAAGCUUAUGUAAGGCUUAUGUAAGACUAAGGCUUCGACAAGACUACCCAAAGCGUGGGAAGGCGGGGGGCCUGUAACGUCAUAGGUCACGUGAUCCAAUAACCGGGAAAUGACGUCAUAGUUACGGGCAAGUCUGGGCAAGUCUUAUUGCGGUGGACUGGGGGUGACGUCAUCGGGAUGCGCGGGAGGGGUGCGUAAGUCCACUAUAAUUUGUAUAACAUGAAGUAUUAAGCUAGUGGCCCAGAACCCGCCAUUUCUUACUACUGACUAGCCUUAAAAAUGCAGUUGAAAACAACAACCCGGUUAUGAUAAUUAUCGGAGAUUGCAUGAUUAAAGGACUUUGUCCCGACAAGAUUUCCAAAUCGGUUAAGCACCAUGCAAGCUCAGAUUAAAUCCUUCCCUGGUUCAAUAGUUGAAGAUCUAACUGAUUAUAACAUUAAACCUUCCCUAAAGAGGAAACCUAAAAACAUUAUAGUAUAUGUAGGUACUAACGAUUUGAAAAGAAAAAGUGCUAAAGAUGUUGCAAAGAGCAUUGAUAAGCUAUGUAAAUCUAUCAAGUUGACCAACCUCAAACAUCAAUCAGUGUUUCCGAAAUUACCCAUAGAGAAGAUAACCAAGAACUUAAGGAGAAAGCAUUGGCAGUCAAUUGGCAGGGGGUGGGAAACAAGAUGGCGGAACUUUUCUUGUCUCUCGAAUUUUGAGAUUCUUUUGUGAUUAUAUAGUCCUAUUUAUUCGGUAAAGUGUAUAUUUUGUCCACCUACUUGUGUGUUAAUCAUUAUUCUACAAAUAUGAGCAAAAACUAUAUCACAGUGGAGAUACUUAAAUCCAUAUUGGAUGAAAAACUUGCACCACUCAAGUCAGAAGUCGUCGAUUUCAGAGAAAAACUUGAAGAAACCAAUAAAUUUAUCGAAUUUACAAAUGCAAAGUAUGAAGAAAUACGGGGCACAUUAUCAAAGCGUAACGAAGAGCAGGAACAUAACAUGGAACAAUAUUCGCGCAGAGAAUGUUUAGAAAUCAAAGGUAUUCCCACAGGGGCGUAGGAACCGGGAAAAAUUUUUACAUGCCCUUUUUUAUUCGAAAAGUGCCCCUGAAAGCCUGCCCCCCCCCCAACUUUUAGAAGCUUUCUACGCCCCUGUAUUCCCAUACACAAAGAUGGUAAGGAAAAUACCAAUGAAAUAAUACCUAAAAUUGGUGGUCUGAUGGGUGUGAAUGUUGUUGAAAGAGAUAUUUCUGUUAGUCAUCUACUUCCAGUAAGUAAGGUAUACAGUGGGAAAGAAAAGGAGCCCUCCAUUAUUGUGAAAUUUGCUCGUCGAGACACCAAAGAAUCGUACUAUCGAGCCCGUAAGAAUCUGAAGGGCAUAACAACAAAGAACUUUGGAUGUCAAACUUCUAGUAAUAUCUACAUUAAUAAAAGUCUUACUGAUACCAAUAUAAAACUCUUCAAGGAUUGUCUUAAACUGAAGAAAGGGCUGGGUUAUAAAUUUAUUUGGACCAAAAAUGGAAGGAUUUAUCUUCGCAAAGAUGAGAAUAGUCCUCUAGUCCAUAUUAAAACCAGAGAUGAUACUACUACAUUGAUAUCAAGACAAGACGCUUCACGGAGCGUUAACUCGCUGGGGCUAUAUAUACAAAUACACACGUUACUGUACAUGAUACAUACAGUACACAGCUAUUUCAAUUAAGAUUAAUAAUAGGUUUUCCCCGAGCUAAGCGGAAAAGCCGAAUACGAGCGCGAAAGGCUUAACACAGUACUAAAAUGCGGUAGGCCCAACAAGUAAAGUUAUAUUUAGUACGCUACAUUCUGCAAGACUGUCAGCCGCCAGUUUGUCCGUACGCUAGGAUUAAACUGCGCUUUAAAACGUUCAAAAUAAAAUAUUUUGGGGCUUUUGGGCUCAAAAUGAAGAGAGAAGUGAGACGAAUCCACUGGUAUACGGCCGAAAAAAAGAAAACCAAUGAUACCAAAGUUAUCAAGGAUCAAACGUACUGCAUUUUUUUAUGAUCAGUUUAAUAAUUUUGAGCGAUUUGUCAACAAUACAAUUUCGCUUGGCUUUCAAAGACAAAGGCCAUAAAUCGCUAGAAUACUGUUGUUUAGUAAUACAUUUGACAUCCGUAAUUAGUACAAUAUCCAACUCUGAAUCGAACGGUGGUAUUUUUAUCCUUAUUGCGCCAUUAUGCAUUACAAAUACACUAUGAAACGUACUGCGAGCGAUUUGUCAACAACACAAGUUCGCUUGAUUUUCAAAGGCCAUAAAUCGCUAGAAUACUGGUGCUUAGUAAUACAUUUGACAUCCGUAAGUACAAUUUCUUACGCUGAAUCGAACGGUGGUAUUUUUAUCCUUAUUGCGCCAUUAGGCAUUACAAAUACAAGGACAAACAUAGUGCGAGUGAUUUGUCCACAACACGAACUGCGAACGAUUUGUCAACAAUACAAUUUCGCUUGAUCGCUAGAAUACUGGGGCCGGUUGUAUAAAAACGUAGUUAGCGCUAACUGCAGUUAAAAAGUAGUUAAAAAGCCUUAAAAAAUAGUUAACUUUAAUCACGUAGUUAAGCCGGUUGUAUAAAAGUGUAGUUAGCCUUAACUGCAGUUAAAAAGUAGUUAAAGUUAACUAUGCUUUUGGGUAUAGUUAACUGUCCAAAACGUAGUUAAAAAUGGCGUUUGUAUAGGAGUGAACAAACAUUUUUCAGUAAAACAACAAUGAAAAGCAACGGUUACCUGAGAUUUUCAAUCGCUAUCUUCCCUGUGAAUGUUUCCAGACCAUAUAAACUCUUCAAACGCGAUAGCUUUGGUGUUUUUAAGAAAACAGAACAUAUUUUUGCACAGGACGAUUCUCGAAGACGAAGUAUGGUCCAUUACACCAAGAAACACAUAUAUAAUUGCCAAACAGCUAUACCUUGGUUUAACGUAGACAUCUCAAGGAAAAACUGCAUUCUUUUAUGCCUUUUGUGGCGGUUUUUCCUUGUUUUCUUUUUUAGUUUUCACUGUUUUCUAGUGUUUUGAAUAAAAUUCCCGCCUAUUUGCAAAAUACGAGUCCACAAUCAUGUUGAAAAUGUGUGUCAGCUGUCGUUACUCGUUGCUUACUUUAUGUAAUUUUGUGUUUAAACGCCCCACGCAAGCCCCACGCACAGUUAACUACGUGAUUAGUUAACUAUCCGACUAACUACGUUUUGUGCAACGCAGUUAAGUCAUGUAGUUAACUAAUUGUAGUUAAGGAUUUAACUACAGUGAUUAACGCUAACUGCAGUUAGCGCUAACUACGUUUUUAUACAACCGGCCCCUGGCGUUUAGUAAUACACUUGACAUCCGUAAGUACAACUAGUUACGCUGAAUCGAACGGUGUCGCUUUCUUCUCAAAAUAUAAAGCAGCGCAGCCAAACGUAACUUGCGAUUUGCGAAGGUUGCUGUUUCCAUGUCGAAAUUCCUUGUAAAAUUGUUCAAUUUUCCCGAAUUUUCCUCAACAUGCGGGGCUAUUUAUGGAUAAUUUGGGUCAAAUAUGCAGGAGCCUUAUGGAUAAUUGGGGAUUAGGCAGUCAUUAAUAUUCUAUUUUGUGGCUAUCGACGAUCCACUAUCCAUGAUCCGUGAUCCGUGCCAAAUGCAUGCCGAAACCUACACUCGCCUGGGCACAGUGCCCCAGCGAGUAAUAAGUCGUUAUAGCUAUAAUUAUUUACAAUUGAUUGUACUAGAUGUAUCAUACUUCAAUGAUUGAUUGCCCUAAUUACUUAGGGAUGUGUGACUCUAAUAUUACUGACAAAAUUGAACAAUUCAAUAAUUUACCAUACUUAAGUCUUAUGUCACCUGUUACUAAUGUCCCUCACCUUACAAAUUCGGAUGUUGAUCUAAAUAUGCCAGCAGAUCAAAAUUUUAAUUAUUAUAAUAUACAUGAUUUUCAUAGUAAUUACGACAUCAAUGAAUGCUCAUCAAAUGAUAGGUCAUUUUCCGCUUUAAACUGUAAUAUAAGGAGCUUGGUAGCUAAUAUAAUUAUGACAAUUUUAUUCAUAUGCUAGCUGGAUUGAAUUUCCCAUUUACAUUGAUGGGUCUUGCAGAAACUAAAAUAAAGGUUGAUGGUGGUCCUUUGAUAAAUGUCGACAUUCCAGGUUAUAAAUUCAUUUCUGUUCCAAGUCUAUCAAACGCAGGUGGAGUUGUUUUUUACAUAAAAAAAUGACCUAAAUUUUUCUAUCCGAACAAACAUCACAACUUCAAAUCAGAGCUUUGAAGCUCUUUGGAUAGAAAUAAAUGCAGAUGGCCAACCAAAUAUAUUAUGUGGUAUAAUAUAUCGACACCCAAAUAGUAAUUUAGAUCACUUUAUGAAUUAUAUUAAUUUGACAAUUGACCAAAUCCACCAGGAGGAAAAGCUAUGUUUAAUUAUGGGAGAUUUUAACAUUGACCUUUUAAAACUCAACCGUACACUCGUUCUACUUCUGAAAACUUUUUAAAUGUUCUUGGUUCUUCUUUCUUUCAACCAUAUAUUUUACAACCCACCAGGAUUACUGAUCAUUCUUCAACUUUAAUUGACAAUAUCUUCUUUAAUUCAAUCGAACAUUUUACUAUCAGUGGUAACAUUGUGUAUGACCUUACAGACCACUUACCUAAUUUUAUUAUAUUUACUAAAUUUUCUACCCUCCCUGCUAACAUUAGGAUUUAUAAAAGAGAUUACUCACACUGUAAGGAAACAGAUUUAUUUAGAGAAAUAGAAUCUUUGAACUGGCAUGAGAUAUUUGAAGGUAUACCUAACUCUGACCCAUCAUUGACUCUUUUUAUACUAACUCUGACCCAUCGUUUGACUCUUUUUAUACAAAAACAUCAGAGAUAAUAGAUAAACAUUUACCUCUAAAGCAACUUUCAAGAAGAGAACUAAAAUUUUAAACAAAACCUUGGAUAACCCCUGCAAUUAAAGUCUGUAUUUGUUUUAAAAACAGAUUAUAUAAGAAAUAUUUAAAAACAAAUCUAUUAUUACCAUGCUAAAUUCAAAUAUUAUAGAAAUAUAAUAAAUCACCUUUUAAAAAUUAGUAAACGUCAAUAUUAUAACAAAUACUUUUUGGAGAAUAGCAAUGAUAGUAAAAGGAUUUGGAAUGGCAUAAUACAAAUAAUUCACUUUAAACCUAAAACCAAUCAGAAAGUUGUCAAAAUUGUUAAAAACGGUACUGAAAUUACUGAUCCAAUGGUCAUUGCAGAUUCAUUUAAUAACUACUUUGCUAAUGUAGGAACUAAUUUAGCAAAUUCAAUAUCUGAUAGCCAGAAAUCACCAUCCGAUUAUUUAAAAACGCCAUUAUCUAAAAGAUUCUAUUUAUUUCCCACAACUCUAGGUGAAAUUGAAGCAGAAAAUUCUGAUCUAAAAUCUGGCAAAGCUACUGGUCCUAAUAGUAUACCAAUUUCUGUCUUAAAACUACUUAAAAAAUAAUUGCUGAACUCCUGGAGAUUUUGUUCAACGCUUCUUUUGAAACAGGUAUAGUUCCAAUUAUAUAAUUACUCCGGGUACUGUAAGUACCGGAGUAUUAAAAUGUCAGAUCUUUUUUCUUAGGCGACACAAGUGUGCACUUCCACAGUCCACCGUACGCAGCGCACGCAACGCACUACAAAAAUACGAAAUAUCUAAAAAUAGCCGCCAUUCGUAGUAAGGUCGGAGCGAGCGUUGUGUUUACAAUGUAUUUAGUUAUAUUUACAGUGAAUAUUAUCAAAUGAAGGGUACGGUUCUCAUACACUCGUUUUUAUACAGUGACCACAGUUCAUAUAAAUACAAAUCGAAAUUCGAGACUUUAUCGCGUGUUUAGUAGCGGUUGCCGUUAUUGCAAAGCUAGUUCUGAUCGACAAAUGGCUUGGUUCGUCACUGACGUUAGCCUGUAUUUUUUAAUUGUGUCAACACUAUACGUAGUUAAAUUGUAUUAACACUCGUCUUCUUUAAGUCUCCCUUUGUGCCUCGUGACCAAAAUUGAAGUACAAACAACGCACAAAUCUAUUCGACAUAUGACAUAUCUGAAAGUCUUCGAUUCGCAAGGCAAUUUAUAUCGCAAACCACAACAAUAUUGGCAAUAUUGUCUACCACGCUUGAAUUAGACAAAAGCGCAUAUAAAAUAUAUUUAACUAGAUAGUUUUACCCAACACUAUUACGUCUAUUACACAGUUUAAUGUUUUAUUUAUAGAGUAUUAAAAAUCGGUCUCGACGGCUGCAAUGUCUUGGUCUUAAAGUAAAAUCAUUACUAAGAUGCUUAAAACAAUCUAAACGUUUGUUAAUAACAAACUUACAGCGAAGCCUUACAAAUUAAAACAAUCAAUCUGUAUAAACAAAAUAUCAACAUAACACUAGUUAAUUAUGAGUUAUGGUGCCAGUUAUGAACUUACUACCAUGCAUUGAAAAAGUGUUGACAACUAUAUGACACGACUAACAAUAUAUUACUUUUUAAAUAAUUUUCUUUGCGUGUUUGAUAAAUGUGGUUUGUUUACGUAAUUCAGUUUCAGGAGUUUUUCUCGAGGGUCGAGGGCGGGAAGCGAGGGUCGAAAAAUCAUAUAUAAAACGUCGAGGGUCAUAUAAAAAAGUCGAGGGUCAUCAGUAAAAAGUCCGGGGUCGUAUUUCUAAAAUAUUUUAUGGUUUUUACUGUCGAGGGUAGAAUUUGCGGGCAUUCCCUAUAGAUAAAUUUGCAAGUGGGGCAAGCACGAUAGCGAAAACAAUACUUUCAAGAUGGCGUCGCGAACCCGGAAAAGGCGUAUGGCAAUGGCAAGGUGUAAACAAGUCCUGAUUACUCUGAUUCAAUAGACCAUAUUAUAGUGAAUAGACAAUACAAUAAUUUGCGACAUGCAAUCCGAGAUAACGCAGAUAAUGCACCACGCCGUUUGAAACUAUCUCGACUGUAGCUUUUGAUCGGCAUGUCUGUUUUCAUGUAGUAAUAUUUUAUCAUAUAAAAAGUAAUCGCAUAUAAAAAAAUAAUAAUUGCAUAUAAAAAUAAGAGCUAAAAAUUAAAAGUAAACUAAAUGAACACGAGCUAAAAUUAUUAUUUUGUUAAAUUAUUAAAAUGUAUACCCUCAAGCUUUUCACCCUCGAAUUUCUACCCUCGACAAUAAAAAAAAAAAAAAAAUAUUUGUGAAAUACGGCCUCCGACUUAUUGUAUACGACUCGAUAAAACACUCCUACGCAUGUUUUAAAUAGAACUUUUAAUAAAGAACUAGAUAGCUUUUAUUAGAGAUAAAAGAGAUAUUUUUAUGUUGUAAAAUAUUAUGAUCGUUGCAUAUGUUUUUAGUCACCUGGUGAAGUGGUUACACUGUAGUUCUCCCACUUUUCUAACUUUAAUAUGCUAAAUAUCAUGCAUUAAAGACACUUUCAUUGCCAUAUAUAAGCAUACGUUAAAGUAGUUUGCGCUUAGUUAAGGCCCUGUACCCGGAGUGAACGCCUGAGUAGGCGUCUUGUUAAAUUAAAAUCUGCAAAUAUCAUACCUGUAUAUAAAAAAGAUUCACAGUUCUCUCUCAGUAAUUGUCGACCAAUCUCACUCCUUUCUAUUUUCAAUAAAAUGUUAGAAAAAUUAAUGUGUAAGAGAUUCAUUGAAUUUUCUUGAGAAAGAAAAAAUAUUAUUUGAUAAUCAAUUUGGCUUUCGAACAAAUCGUUCAACUGAUCAUGCUAUUCUUAGUAUCACUGAUAAAAUCCAGAGAGCAAUUGAUGAACGAGAUUACUCUUGUGGAAUAUUUUUAGACUUUACUAAGUCAUUUGAUACAGUUAACCGUGCAAUAUUACUUAAGAAAUUAGAGUAUUAUGGUAUCAGAGGUGUUGCUGGGAGUUGGUUUCAUUCAUAUCUAUGCAAUCGACAGCAAACUGUGACUGUAAAUAAUAUAACGUCAGCUCCCACCGCUAUUUCAUGUGGUGUUCCACAGGGAUCUGUUCUUGACCAGUACUCUUUCUGUCAGUGGCGGAAAUGGGGGAAAGCCUCCUAAAUUUCCGACAAAACUUUCAAAUUUCCGACGUACCCCCUCCCCCCCUCCCCCAUUUGCACUCGAAAAGACUGUUUUUAGCCCUCUUUUAGGUCAAAAUUUCCGAAAAUUCGUCAAUUUCCGUGAAGGUGGGUCCGCCCCCCACCCCGCCCCACCAAGAUUUCCGCCACUGCUUUCUGCUAUAUAUAAAUGAUUUUCACUUAUGCUCUAACCUAUUUGAAUUUCGUUUAUUUGCUGAUGAUACCAAUUUGUUUUAUAAACACAAAAAUCUUAAUACGUUGCAACAUAAUGUAAAUAUAGAAUUAAUAAAAGUACAUGAUUGAUUAUGUGCAAAUAAGCUUUUACUUAAUAUUGACAAAUCUAAUUUUGGACUAUUUUAUCCUCUCAUUUCGAGCCGUCCUGACCGCGUAGCUCAGUUGGAAGAGCAUUGGGCUAGUAUUCCAAAGGUCGUAGGUUCGAAUCCCACUGUGGCCGGGCAUAUAUUUUUCAAGCUCGCCCGGUGUGGAUAUGCACUCAGAGUAACAUCGCAAACAUAUUAUUAACCUGAGUACACAACACCAACACAGAAAAAUUUAUUUCAUCCUCCUCAAAAAAAAUUAAAAUUACCUCAAAUUUUCAGUUAACUAUAAAUAGCGUGCCGCUGAGGCAGGAAAGUUGUAUUACAGGUAAGUACCUCUGCAUCUAUAUUGAUUCAAACCUUAACUGGAAAUCCCAUAUUGAUUAUAUUGCAAAAAAGAUUAAGAGGAGCAUAGGAAUUUUAUCUAAACUUUGUUAUUAUCGGUUGACAACAGGAUGAUUUCGACCUUUAUUAUACCUUAAUUUAUCCAUUCUUAAUAUAUGGAAUGAUUGCGUGGGGUAGUACAUACCAUUCAAAUGUUCAAACUCUUUUUAUAUUGAAAAAAAAACUGUAGGCCUACGUAUUAUGACUUUUUUAAAAUUUGAUGAGCAUUCCAGUCCUUUAUUUAAACAGUUGAAUAUUAUUAAGAUAUUUGAUCUUAUUACAUUUCAUAUUGCUAUCUUUAUGAUGAAAAUCCAUAAUAAUCUUUUGCCUUCUAUUUUUAAUACGUUAUUCACUCCAGUAAAUUGUGUUCAUAGUUAUAACAAACGAUCUGGUGCAAAACAGUCUUAUUAUAUUCAAGCAAAUCGGUGAUCUAAUGGCAGUUUAAGUUAAACCAUCGGAUAUCUCGACAAGCCAUCACUUGCCUUCCAAAAGGGGCGUCAUUCUUACAAUUAUCGCAAAGUUCGCGAGACGAAGCGUUAGAGAUAAACUCUACGAAUCGAAGGGAAAGUUAAAAAAUCGUAGUUCGUCCAACCUCGGUUUUGCACGUUCUGAUAAUAAGUUAUAUGUCAAUGAAAGCCUUACGCCAUGCAAAAGCCAGAGAAUUGUACUAUCAAGUAAGACAAGUUCGAAAAUCCCAUCGUUUUAAAUACGCUUGGACAAAAUAUGGUAAAUCCUAUUUAAAGAAGGACGAUACUUCUCGUGCUACAUCAUUCGCCUCGAUAAAAGAACUUGAUGAUUUCAAAGCGAACAUGUCAACUGCAUUUGGCUAAGUACCCUAAUUUUAUUUUUUGCAAAAUUAAAUUAGUUUAUAUUAUUGGUAAAAUAUAGCUGCAGCACUGGAUGAUAGCAGAGAACUACCCUUUUUAUGAUCUAGAUAAUGAUAGUUUUAACUUAGCAAUGUUUGAGAUGCAAAAUGGCACGAUCAAUUUUGGUAAUCAGUGAUAGAUUAACCAGUUUGAGUUAUAAACCUUUACUUUCUAAUACAAACCAACAACGUAAAUUAAUGAGAGAUUGCGAUCCAGAUUCGUAUUUUUUCGCUGAUCUGAAUAAAAACUGUGAUUAUUUUACUGAAGAUCAAUUUAAUGAUGUGUUCAAAAAGGAGACCCAUUAUAUCUCACAAUUUCAGUUCUACUUUACAUUUAAGUAUUCGUAGUCUUGUGCGUAAUUUUCAAAAACUAACUGAAUUGUUGGACAUCUUAAAAAUGCAAUUCUCUGUUAUUGGUAUAACAGAGACUUGGUUACAAGAUUCUGUUCAUUUAGUAGACAUAAACAGCUUUUAACUUUUUCCAUAAACAUCGAUCUAACAGAACAGGAGGCGGUGUUGGUUUGUAUAUGUCUGACGAUUUCGAAGCUAAAGUGCGUGAUGAUUUGUGUUUUAUAACAAUGCCGACAGCGAACCACACAUCAAUGCUAAUGUGGUCGUACGACUUCCCUCACGAUUUGAAGUUUGAAGACUGGUUUUCUGUUGACAUUGUUUCUGUUCUGAAUAAGCAGAGAAAACCCGGCAACAUUUUAAUGCAAGUUUGUUUGUUAAUAUUUGGGUUGCUGUCAUUGGUUCGUUUUUGACAAUUGACGCGCGAAUGGGGCGUGUUAUGAAAAGGGGCGUUUUACAAAAUACUGGGUCUUGCUUGCAGGCCCGCUAUUCUUCCCUUGGGCCUGCACGCGGGCUAAGCCAACGCGAGUUGACACGACAAAACUGAUUGACGUAUUUAUUACAAACAUUCCUCAAAAAGUAAAAUCCAGUAGAGUGAUCCGUCUUGGCAUUAGUGACCACUACAUGAUUUAUGUGUGUACCAAAGACGCAAUCAGUAGACCGCCUCCAAAUUUGCAUUCCAAAGGGAUCUUUUCUAUACUAAAUUCGUCUAAUAUAGAAGCUGAACCAGACCCAAACAAAAUGUGGGAAAAAUGGAGAAAUGUGUUUACUACUACCGCAGACAAACAUGUUCCAUUAAUAACGCGUAAAGUUUAGAACUCAACACACUCCAUGGCUGACUAGUGAAAUUAAGAAACUGAUGAAUCAUCGAGACUAUUUGAAACAAGCAACCCGCACUAACUCUCGGUAUUUCUAUGAAGCCUAUAAAAUUCCUCGAAACAAAUUAAACCAACAAAAUAGUAGAAAAAGCUAAUUCAAGGCAUUUCCAACAUACCAUAAAAACAAUAACAACAACCCAAAGCAACUAUAUGGAAAAGUGUCAACCUCAUUCGAGGCAAAGGAUCAAAAACAACUAAUGUAUCCACACUAAAAAUAGACGAAGAAACUAUAACAGGUGACAAGAACAUUGCUGAAGCUUUCAACUCUUUUUUCGUCAGUGUGGGUCCGUCCCUUUCGGAAAGUUUACCAGAGUCUCAAAAAAGCUAUUCUGAUUAUGUUCAACAUUUCAUACACAAUACCAUUUCCUUUAGUGAGGUUAGUGAAAACAGAGGCGCACAUUGGGGGGGCAUCCCACCACCCAUGUUUUGUGAAAUAUAUCUAAAAAGUCGGUCCCGAAACCGGUCCGGCUAAAAUCUGAAAGACAUCAUUUUGUGUAGAAAAAAAAGAAAUAGGUGGACAUUUUGGAAAUGGAAAUUGCAUAAAAAUACAUGUAACAAAAACGCAUACACAAACCAAGACAUCAAUCAUAUUAUACUAGCAGCAAAGUCAACUUCCGUGUUGCAACCUCAAGCUCCCGUGGUGCAGUCAAAACGCGCAUUGUUAGUCUAAUUGUCGCACAAAUCUGAAAGUCCGAAACUUUGAAAGGCUGAAGUUCAGUGGCGUAACCAAGAGGGGAGCAGUACAACGUAUUUGCGUGUACAGUACAACGUUUUACAUAAAUAUUUUUUGAAUCUAACAAAAUUAGGCGACUUUUUGUGGUUGUAACUUUUCUUCCAACCUCGUCCUAAAAUACGUAAAAAAUGCGUUCUAAUGAAUCUAGAAAUUCACUAUAUUCCUCGCGCCUUUGGCGCUCGCACUCGAAAUCCAUAAAAAUUUUGGCCCUCCAAAUACUAUUUCCGUAUAUGCAUGAGUCUAUCCACAAUUUUCGAAGAGUCUACGUUCAGUACGUUCUAAUAAAUGGAAGCGAGGUUACCGAUGGUAACGAUUUGUAAUGCUAAUCGAUUAAAAAUGGUGUAUUUGUUGUAUUUGAGGCUACUUUACACACUGAAUGUUGUUGGUUGAGGUAUUUAUACUUAGCGCUGAUCCCAACAGGCUUAUACUGUUUGUAUUCUAACAGAAUUGUGUCGCUUCCUAUCUAAACCUUGAAAACGUUCAUUAAUAUCAUUUUGAUGUUAUUUGAAGUUUUUUUAACUUAUAUUUGUACAUAUAGUCAAAAUUAAAACAUGCAUAAUUAUGUGUGGUUUUCAGCCCGCUUUGCCAUGCCAACUCGGCAAAAAGUGAUUACAUGGGAUGUGUGGGCAAUUUCUGUCCCGGCCAAGCGAGUUGACUCGGCAAGCUACAGCCGCGGUUCCGGCAAGGCGGGACAACUCGCUUUGCAUGUAUAAUCGAAAUGUCAAAAUAAUAGACAAUACAUAUUGGAAGUGGGUCAACUCGGCAAAGCGAGUCAACUCGCUUAGCCGGGACAACUCGCCCAUGUAAUCGGUCCCUUAUAACUGGCGAUAAUUGGGAGGUUCGUUCAAAAGAUGUUCUUAGCAAACGUACUGAAUUGGCAACCACUAAACCAGAUAUAAGAUUGGUUAAGACGCUCUUGUUUAUGCCGCGCAAAAUUCUAAAAAACGAAGUUCCUACAUCAAUAUCGGACCAGUUUUACAUUUCAGUAAACGAUCAAUAUAAUCUAUAUAUAUACGCAGUAAUUUUACUAUGUUGAAACUGGCAAAACCAAGAACAAAUGCACUGAAGCGAAGUUUUAGCUACAAUGGUGCAAAAACUUGGAAUAAUUUGCCAACUGAAUUGAAAAACCUCACGAUCUCUGAGAGAGUUUUCAAAAAUAAAUUAUAAGAUUUCAUUCGCGAAAAUAACUCAUUUUUGAAUAAUUUUUCAAGUUGCCAGUGACUGCUAUAAAACAUAUUUUUCAAUAAAACUGUUACUUAGAGUGUAUAUGCAUGUUUUUGUCGUUUUUUAUGGAAUAUUAUAAGGUAAUAAUGUCCAGUAUAUGCAUGCAGAUAUUUACUAUAGUUUAGUUAAUUGUUGUUCUACUGCAUGCUUAGCUUAAAUAGUUAAAUUUCUACACGGCCUUAUUUAUGAAAGGCAACCGCGUUUUAAUUAUUUGAAACUUUAUUAGAAAACUCUAUAUAUUUUUAGUAGAAAUAGGUUGAUAAGCUACCGUGUAUAAAGAAUUUUAAAUAAUAAUAGCUAAUAAUAAUAAUUUUUUGGCUUUUAUUAUAAGCUUUGAAUUUCCCCCUGACGGUAAUAUGCAUGUUGGGGAAUUGACCAUUUGCGUAAUAGACUAAAUUUUGAUCUCAACAAAAAUUUCAUCAGAGCUUGAAAGAGCAUCACAAAAUUAGUAAUAUUCCAAAGUUUCGUUGCAAAAUGUGUAAAAUGCGGAAAAUAUAGCCUUGCGAAGUUUGCAAUUUUCAGUCAUUUUAGAUUACAAAUGGGAAAUUGACAGCCCCAAACUUUGAGGCUGUCAAUUUCCCGUUUGUAACUAAAAUGACUGAAAAUUGCAAACUUCGCAAGGCUAUAUUUUCCGCAUUUUACAACAUUUCGCAACGAAACUUUGUUUGAAUUUAAAUUGUGUGAUGCUCUUUCAAGCUGUGAUGAAAUUUUUUGUCUAGACUUGUUUAGAUCAAAAUUUAGUCUAUUACGCAAAUGGUCAAUUGGGCCGCUGUAACUGAUCACCAGCUCAACGAAGAAAAUUUGGCUGAGAUUAAUUUCGCCGAUAAUCAAUUCAGUCGAGUGCGCGAAGCUCCCAGCAAGUCUUGUAACGUGGAAAAAGCAUGUUUACUUGAUGCCAUAAAUUGCCAUAGUCAUCCUCUAUUCCAUUAUUCCUGCGUUUGACCUAGCAAUUUAUUCGAAUCGGUUGCAUGUAUUAAUCCUCAGUGGAUCUUUGCCUGGGCCAGGCACACUGUGUGAAGUUGUGUUUAACAUUCCACGAGACACAUCGUUUUGACAUGUACAUACUUCAAUGCUCCUGAACACAAAAAACCGCCUCAGAUAAAUACUUAUUUCUCCACUAUUGUUGCAAUGAAGAAGAAAAUCUAAUUUUAUUAUUUCAGAAAAUUCUCGAUCAAAUCAACAUGCAAAAUAAGGAUUUAAUUUCACCAGGACGUUUAUAAAAAAGGCGGUGAAACGAGCCGGGGGUUCAGCUGAAUUUAAGGCCACAUGCAGUUACAAGAUACCGGAUUCCAGGGCCUAUUCUAAGGAAAUUUCAAUACUGCACACUUCAGAUCUAGAGCAGGUGUCAUCAAUGACAUCACCCUGUGAUGUCAUCUUUGAAUUGUUAUGUUUCCCCAAAAAAGUAAACCCUUUCAAAUUCAAAUCAGCCAUAACAUAUUGCAGUAAUUAGCUGAUGCGACACAAAUGACAAGCUCAUUCCCAGGCUCUUCCCUCUUGUGGAGGAAAGAAGUACACUGGCUUUUCUGGACAUGAAAAUGUUGAAUAUUGGAAUUAUUACUGGAACUCGGCAUCGAUUAUUUGGCCAAUCUUUAUUUGUGCCUUUGUUCACUUUGUUGCAGUGAUCAUUUGGACAUAAAAUCUUUUCCAAAUGUACCGCUCGUUGGGCAAGCCUUUCAAUUUCAUUUAGUAUAGUACAGCAAUUUCCUCAUUUGCAUCCUCAUGUCCGCCAUGUUUGUUACAAAUUCUGCCAGGGGCUUCGUUUCCCGUGUCCUCCCCAAACAACCCCGCACGCUCGCUCAUCUUAGCCACUGAUCUAUAUAAAAACACUGUAGUGUUGCUAUUUUUAGUACGUUAUUUGCGCCUGGGUACGAGGCUGUUAUUUCAACAUAUAUAUGAUAAUGAUAUAGCCUAAUCACCACAAUGACUAAUGGUAUCCAUAGAGGCCCUACACAUAAUAAAAUAGUUACGUACAAUGCUAAUUAUCUACCGUUACAUUAAAAUAUUAUCUACAAUUAUUUACAAGUCAAGUGAUAAAUUAUUAAGAGGCAAUUUUUUUCAAUGUCACGUAUUUGCAAUGAAAAGUGUUCAAAACCUAAAAUAUUUUUUGCGUUCCUCUAAAAAUUACUUUGUUUUAGCUUUAUUCUCUAGUUUAUACAGUUAGCUACCUUUCUAAAUGCAUCUGCCGGCUGGGAAACAUAGUUAAUUAAAAUAUUAGUUAAAAAUUGUAAAUUAAAAUACAAUUAUCAACUGAUGCUUUAAAAUUGACGCCAUAUUUACAGCCAUAUAAGCAAAACUUACUGAACUUCAGACAUCAUUUUCUCUUUGGCAUAGUCUAAAAUCUCUUCAUUAUUUUUAGCAUUAUUUUACAAAUAAAGCACUAAGCAUACUUGUUAAGUUUGUUUGCCGAUUGAGAAACGUAUCGAAAAAUAAAAAUUUUGAAUUUAGUCAUAACCUCAAGUGGUAUAUUAUACGCAUUAGUUUUUGAGCGCGUGUUACGUAACAUACAAAAAAAUCUCCUCUUAGUAACGAAAAUCCGGUAGUCAGGAAUGUCUUCCCUGGGAAGCAUCUCGGUACACGAUUGCUGCAACCAUACCAGACAACGUGAUGGCGGCAAGGGUAAAAGCUCUAACAUAUUCUACCUCACAUGCAAAGACAACAAUUAUCGAUCCAUUUUCAAAGUCCCGAAUAUAUUGCCAAAAAACAACCGCAAUAAAAAUUAUUUCCGUUUUAUCAACGAAAAAUUAUUUCCGUUUUAAAUGAAGUUUUUUAGCUGACAAAAUAUCUGAAAUGCAUCAAUCGAGUUUUUAUAAAUUGAUGUUAUGUGCUACACAUUGAUGUUAUGUACAAAUACAUCAGUCAACGUCAUAUAAACCGAUACAACUAAAAGAUGAAUCAAUACAAGUAAAAGAUGAUCUGUUCGGCAAAAUCGCACGUGCCAAGCCAGAGGCGCUAAGUAUAUUAUAUAUAUUAAAAAACAUGGCGAAAGAGAGACAGGACAGAAUACCAAAUGUUCAGGAUUUUUUCAGUCAAUAGCGCCGUGACCAACUUACAUCAUUCUUCAGCAGACACGUGAAGAAAACGCAGUUGCACAAGGUGUUUAGUGCAGCAGUUCACAUUAUUACCCGAAUACAUGCACGUGCUCAUCUGCCUCCUCCGCAGGCUCCUCUAUAUAAAUCAAAUUUAAAUAUCGGUAAUAUAUAGAUCAGCGCGUGCACUGCAAGCCCGAUAAAGACGCACGCCUUUAGGCGCACGCCCGCAACUAAGGACGAGCGCGCAAAGGAAAAUUAAAUGGGAAGACGACAGCGUGCUUAUAAUUCGUUUGUACCAAAUAAUGCGUCUGUACCGCAGCUAAUCUCGAGUAUAAGGGUUUCUUCUCAAAAUUUUAACCCAAGCUAGGCCAAACAGGGCGAAGAAGACCACAGACACCGAACCGUCUGUGAACAAAAACGCUGUGUCUCAAGACUCAAAAUUUUAACCCAAUUGGCCAAACGGGGCGAAGGAGACCACAAACACCGAACUGUCUGUGAACAAAAACGUUGUGGCGACGAAGCCUGGUGUUGCGUUUUAAGCCGGUUUCCAUUAGGCGGAAUUUUGCGCACGGAGCGGAAUUUUUCUUUGCCUUCUAGGUACCGCGAGGAUCUGCUAAAACCAAAUUGGUGGAGAUACGGCCAUACAUUGAUGCAUUUCGGUUAGAUAAACGCCCUCUUCCGCCCGCCCACUUUCGUUGGACUAAUACUUGUCCCUAGAGCCAUUGUAUUGUUACUCUAUUGGACAUAAAUUGGCAUAUAAUAUGUGAGUAACUGAUCACUCACACAUGUUGGUCAUUGUAAAUGUACGUUGAGUAUCGAUUUGCGUCUGAAAUAUCUUAAUUAAUUAAAGCUGCAACGUUUUCACGUCAAUGUUUUUGUGACAAGGCGCCAAGACCUCGCUACAAAUUAAAGCUAAAGGCUAAACAUAGAUAGGUAGAAUAGAUAGAUUUAAUUCACCACACAACAAAACAUACAGUAAAAUACAAAAAUAACAAAAGAAAUGUCUAAAAGGUGGCGAGGAUGCUCAACUGGAAGCAAAGCUUAUAAAACGUUGGGCACCUCAUACUUAGGUAGCUAUAUAUAGUGUAAUAUUUAUAGAAAAUUUACAAGGAGAUCGGAAUAUUUAACAAGCAAAUUAAUAGUUUAGAUACAUAAAUAUUAAUAAAAACUAUAUAAAAUAUAAUAAUUGUGAGACUAAUAUUUAGAAAAAAGAUGUUGUCAGUAACAGUUUAAGAUGUUGUUUACUCAACUAUGAGGACCCGAACGGUGAAAAAAUGCAACAAUCGCAGAUUGAAUAUGCGAUUGUCUGGAAAUCAGAGGACAUUAUUUCAUUAAAUUUAAUUGGAAAAACUGUCAGCAAUCAGCAGUUAAUUUCAUUGUCUCGCAGUAGGGACUCGGUUUUAAGAUCUGUUAUUAACAAGUUAUUAAUUAAAAAUGCACAAAAAAUUAAGAAACGGUGUCAAAUGUUUCUCUUUUCUACGUAGUGCAGUUCCUUUUUAUUGGGCUUAAUACGAGAGAGUUCAUACAAAUCUGCAUAGCCGUGUAAUCUGCACGAUAUUAAUCAUAUGUAAUCAGCUAACGAUGAAUGUUUAACUAUAAUUAUUAAUAAAAAUACACUCGGCGUAUUUAUAUGAACUAUAAUUCUUUAAGAUGUCUAUAUACAAUAUAGGGAAAUGUGGCUGCUUGUUAAAUGUGCAGUCCACAGCAUUUGCAGUCUCAUGCACGGUUUCGAGUAUCUCUGUGCAGGGGCGCACAUCCCAAAAUAUUUUUAGGGCGGGGUGUAAAAUAUUUCGGGACCGACUUUUUACGUGUUUACAUUUGGAUGCGACGCGUAUAUCUAAGGGGAAUCGUAUUGACCUUCGAAUCGUCGAAAUGGCAUGCAUUUCUUUAGUGUGCCGAACCAUUUGCGAUCAAUAUGUCUGUCCACGAUCACGUUUCUAUAUCUCUGUGAUACUUGAAAGGUGAAUGUAUGAAAAGUGCAAAGGUCGAAACAAUUUUGCAAAAUUGAAGUCCCUAGAUCGUCGGAAAUGCUAUUUUCAGAGUCUCACUUACCUAUUUCGUUCGUCGGUCCUUUUCAAACUAAAUUGGUACAUCAACUCGGUAUAACGGGUAUAUAUGGGGCACAGAAAUUAACGAUGCUGAUUCAAAUAGUGCUGGCAGUAAGCAUUUUAUAAUCUUUCAAAAUUUAUUAAUUUAUUUGGAGACGGAAUGGAAACCAACCAGUUCGCGUAAUGUUUAUACCGCACGAUCGGGACCGACAAAAUUGUCCGUUUGGGACCAACUUUUUGGACAUUUCGCAAAAUUGUGGGGGGUGUAACAUUCCCACAUCCCUUUAGUUUAAUGUGCACCAUUGUUUCUGCGAUAAACGCUAGAAUCGCAAGAUCUGUGUUGAUUGUAAAACUAUCAGAGUUAUUGACAAAAAUUGGUCCCAAAACAAACACUAAUUGGUGAUAUUUCAAAUAGUGUUGGCAAUAAAGGGUCACCGUCAUCAAAACUUUAAUUUUCUUAAACGAAAAUGCUCUUAAAACUGUAUAAUAACUUGUUUUGAAGAUUUUUGUUUCCACUCUUAGUUCUUGAGAUAUUUCAUUUUGUUUGUAAUCAUGUGACGUCAUUUACUCACUUACAUAUUUAUAGAGGAUAUUACACGCCGGUGCGAAGAUGUGACUUUUAUCUUCGAGUGGUAAAAACAAUUUUAUAAAUAAAAAUUGUAUAAAUACUAAAAGUCAGGUGAUCGAUAUCUUCACUGGACCAGGUGAAGAUAUGGAAAAUAUCUCACUGUAUAUUUUUCAGUAUCUCACUCUCUUCUUUAUAAUAGAAUGAGAUAUCAGUAAUUGUUGUGUAUCUUUGUUAUUUUUGAUGGAUUUGUUUAAAAAACCCCAGUAUACUUAAUGAUGUAGGUUAAAUUAACAAACGCGCCGCAUCUUUCGAAAGAUUUUAAUAAAAAAUAGCAAAAUACACAACAAUUACUGCAUGAUAUCUCAUUAUAUAUGUAAUUGACUAAAUGGCGUCACAUGGUUACAAACAAAACGAAAUAUCUCAAGAACUAAGCAUGGGAACAAAAAUCUUCAAAACAAGUUAUUAUACAGUUUUAAGAGCAUUUUCGUUUAAGAAAAUAAAAAUUUUGAUGACAGUGCCCCUUUAACACACAAGAGUGUUCAAAAAAUAAUUUUGUUGACAUUGUAUGAAACGGCUUUUCAGUUCUAUUUCGAAGUAAUUCUAACCUAAAUGUAGGCUUCGGAAUAUAUGCGUCGUUAUCAUGUAAAUACAUAAACGUACAUUAUUCCAUUUAUUCCAUGGCCACUAUUGAAAUUUCAACUAGAUGUUUUAUCAUUGCACAUUUAAACUUAAUAGUUGCAGCAACAAUUGCUGUGCAACUGAGCGAACUGACUAAGUAAAGAUGAUUGCAUCUUUUUAAUCUGUCAGCAAAAAUUGGCCAGCUACAUCUUUCUGAGACAAGAGCAUCUACUAAAUGAUUCUCAUUAAUAUUGCGACAGCAUUUUCACAAUCACUUUAUAUCUCAAAGCCGGCUUCUUUGUUUUAUAUUUUAGAACACAUUAAUUAAAUGGAAAUGAUAACCAUUAUGUAAUGUAGACCUACAUUGUUAUGAGUAACAUAAUUAUUUAUAGUCGCUAUAAUAUCUUUCUUCUCUUUUGCAGCCAUGGUCAGGACAGUGGAUGAAAUCCUUGAGCAAAUUGGCCAGAUGGGUCGUUUUCAAAUCUCAAGACUUUCCAUAAUUUGUUUUCUAAUGUUCCCACCAACAUUUCAGCUUCUCAACAUGUUCUUUAUCGGAGCAGAAGCACCGUGGCAGUGUGUGAAAAACAGUACAACGUGUAAGCUGAAUGGAAGUUUUGUAGCUGGUAAUGACAAUUACGAUUUCAGAUGUGGGAUUAGCAGAAGUGACUGGGAAUAUGCGAGCUACGAAGGACCUCACGAUUCUAUUAUAAAGGAGGUAUGUAAGUUUUGGAACUCAUAAAAAAUGUUGAAAUUGAAUAAAACAAGAUCCUGGUCUUGCAGGAUUAACUCGUGCCUGUCAAUAGAACUGGUAUACGGGAACAAGUUUUCGAAAACUGAAUGAAAUUUGUGAAAAUCUAGUUACACCAUGCACAUUUUUAGUAUAUUUAUAUUAAAACCAUAACAAAUAUGACAUAUCAUUUCGACUGCAUGUUAUAUCAUGCAUCCUAUAGUAAUGACAUUAUGAUUUAUGCUACAUUUUAUAACGUCGAUAAAUUACGAAAAAUGCGUUGUUUAUUUCUACCGUUGUUUAUUAAUUCUGAAUUUUAACAAAAUAAUUUGUAUUUGCAAUUGCAAUUACGCAGUGGCAAAGCCAGCCCGACAAUUCAGUGGUCAUGCUAUGCAAAUAUUUCCAUGUUCUUAGACCGUGAAAACAAUCCAUUUCUAAAGAAAUUAAUAGUGAUAAUGAUUUAAAAUUUGCAUAGCAUGACCAAAUUUUCGGGCUGGCUCGCCACUGCAAUUACGUUCAUAAUACAUACAUUAGGCGUCAAGUUAAACGUUUAUCUUGUUGCCGUAGAACGGCUGGUGUUAUGUUACGUAUACUUUCCGAAUUAAAACUUUCGAUUUUAAGCCGGUUUUCCCCUUCACCCGUAUCGUACCGAAACGUACUGGUGAGCAUGCACAGAUUGAAAAGAGGUUUAUAAAUCCACGUACUUCCGGGUGUAUUCGCGUAUCAAAAUAAAAAGUUUUUCGCAAGUCAACUUUUCGGCGUACUACGGAAGUACUAAAAGUACCGAAAUUUUGAAAUUUAAAAACGUUUCUGAUACGUUUCGGUACGGUACGCUUGAAGUGGAAAACCGGCUUUAGUUAGUGCGUCGAAUGCUGGAAGGAUUGCAAAGCUAUUAAUUGUCGGAUCCUGGAUUCUGGAUUACCAUACAUGGGGCAAACUUUUUGUUUCUAGUGAACAAUGAUAACAAUGGAAGGAAUGCAUGUAUUGUUUGACGCCCGCACGCCCACGUUUCCGACUGUAAACAUUCCAACAUUCCUAUGGUAUAGCUGAAUUCUCCUUCCAAGACUCUUACAACAGACAAAUUUCCGGUAUACUUAUGGGAUCUCCGCUUUCUAGUUUCCUUGCUGAAGCAGUGAUACAAUAUCUAGAGAAGAGAUUCGUAACUAAUAACAAAAAUAUCAAAAGGCAUGGGACAGAUAUGUAGAUGACGUUCUUGCUACAGUAAAGAAAGACAAGACAAACGAAAUUUUACAGAUCAUAAACAAUACUACACUCGGAAAACAUUAAAUUUACUAUGCAAGCAGAACAAAACAACCUGCAACUCGCUUUCCUCAACGUUCUUUUGACAAGAACUGAUGACGGCACAAUAUACAAACACAGGUUUAUCGAAAGAAAACGCAUACUGAUCAAUUACUAAAUUAUAGAAUAGAAUAGAAUAGAAACUUUAUUUCACGAGGGAAAACGUAUUAACCGUAAAAGUUAUCUAACAUACGGCCCUCGCACUAUUUGAUAUUUACAGGCAUAA